UUAUGCUAACGGCAGCUAGCCCACCAACUCACAGCUGAGACUUCCAGGAGCUUUCCACUUUCCCAAGAUACCGACAACAUAACCACGGCUGCCCACACAAAGCUGAGUGUGGCCGCUGUGUGUUGUGCGCGGUGUCUUCUCCGGUCGCUCCCUCGCGGCUCUGUACAACAAGUCUUCUCGGUUGUUGACAUCCGUGACGAGCACGGACGUGUGUCAUUAGCUUCCAGCACGUAAGUUUAGUUUCAAGCUAGCGCCGUGAGUGUUGUUCUCCGCGGAAGUUUCUUUCUCUCUGGCAUGCAUUCAGACCCCUAAGUCGCUCCGACUCGGCGCUGAGCCGGACUUCACUCUCGUAAGUGUUUCGGUUGAGAUGAAGCUGCAGUGUGACGUCGAGGUGGUGAAUCGGAUGCUCCCCACGUUCGGCAUGAAAAGUCGAGGGAAAGGGGCGAGAGCGGUGCUCUCCAUCGGGAAGCAUUUGGACAAGACCAGUCAACGCAGCAGUGUUUACAUGAUGAUCUGCACAGCCAAGGACAGGGCAGGCUCAAAGUACAAGCUUAAAGACAACAUAGAGAAGUUCUUCACAUGGUUUGUGGAGGAAGGCAAAGCCACUGUGCGAUUAAAGGAACCAGCUGUUGACAUAUGUUUGAGCAAGGCUGAUGCCAACAGCUUGAAGAACUUCCUCUCGGCCGCUCGUUUGGCAGACAGAGGAAGUGACGCGAGCAGCCUUCCCCUGUCCACGCUCACUCCCGUGCGCGCCCGAGACGUCGAGCAACCCAAGAAGAAGCUCACCAUCGUCUCUAAGAAGGACUACCCCCUCACCUCCGGCUUCCCUUACUCUCUGGAGCAGCUGCAGGUCUCCUACUGCAAACUGUCACGGGUGGACAUGAGGAUGCUGUCCCUUAAAGCUCUCCGCAAGCUAGACCUCAGCAACAACCACAUUAAGAAACUCCCUGCCACCAUCGGCGACCUCAGCUGCCUCUCUGAGCUCGUCCUCCACAACAAUCACCUGGAAUCCUUCAGCGUGGCCCUGUGCCUGUCCACCCUACAGAGGACCCUCCAGAUCCUGGACCUCAGUCAGAAUCGACUGCAGGCCCUCCCCGCUCAGUUUUGCCAGUUCCGAGAACUGGUAAACCUCAAACUGGACGACAACGAACUCAUCAGUUUGCCGUUCCACAUUGGCCGACUCUCCAAGUUGAGGUUCCUGUCAGCAGCGCACAACCAGCUGGCCGUGUUGCCCGGUGAUUUCCGUAGGCUGAGUCUGGAGAACCUGGACCUGUUUGGAAAUCCAUUCGUCCAACCUAACUCUCUGGACCAUAAGAUGAAUCUCACAUUCCCGCUUCCACUUCAAGAGAUGGCUUCCAGAGCUGUGGCCAACCUCAGGAUAACAUUCGGACCCGACCUCAUCCCUGCCCACUUGUGCCGGGACCUCGAAGUAGCCAAGACCUGCACCUGCAGCCGCGUCUGUGUCAAUUUCUACAUCAAGACGGCGGUCAGCAUGAACCUGCACCAAGUCUCUCACACAGUGGUCCUGGUAGACGACAUGGGGGGCACAGAUGCACCGGUGCAGCAGCACUUCUGCUCCCUCUCCUGCUAUUCUGAAUUUCUAGACAACUCCCUCCAGAGAGGAAUCAGAUGAGGUAGAAGAAACACUUUGAGGAAUCUUUUUUGCAAUAGAAUUCAAGUUGUAAGGUGACAAGCCAACAAGAGGAAUCUGCCUUAGUGAACGGCUCAGUGGUCCAGUUCUCUGCUAAUGAAUAUUGACUGAUUAGGUUUUCUUUUUUAAAAGUCCUUCCUGUUCUACACUUGCAUUCAACGUAUUAUCAUGCACUUCCCACACAACAGAAAUGGGCCAAGAUGGAAGCAUGAAUGCCUCGCUGAUUCGCACUUACUCUAUGGAACUCACAGCAGCAGUGACACAAAAUGACAGUUUCCCUGUUUUGCUGCUAUGUGUCGCACAUCGUCGUCUUAAAGAAGACUCCAGGUUCCCCCACUGACCUACUUCUAAUCCACAGGGGAAUAAAUUGAUUUCUUCCUCAACACAGUGCCUCAGGGUCCAUGAGUAAUGGGAGUUGUUUUUUACUGUGCUACUGACCCACAGAUUUAUAAAUAUAUAUACAUGUGAGAAGUUCAAUAAACUAAAAGUAUUCAUUA